AUGGUCAGUACAACAUCUACGACAUCCAUUCCAUGUAUUUACCCAAAGAUAGGCUGUUUUGCGCAUUAUAUCAAUUGCCACCAACACAAUGUGAACUUGAACCACUACCAGAAGGCUGGCGAGUGGCUGACAACCUUUGAUUCCUUUUCAUCAGUCAUGUAUACAGAUGGGGACUUCGCGCUGCAUACAUACUUGUCAUAUUUCCUAGUCCCUUUCCAUCUGCUAUUCUGA